UCUUGCUUUUACAACAACAAUGACUUCUUCUAUUCUUUCCUAUGCUCUUCUGUUUGCUUCUUUUUGGCACUCGGCUAGUUCGUGCGUAGCUUCUGGCACAUGUGGCCUCGGGCCUUGUUUCAAUCCUCUACCUGCUCUCCCAUCCCCUUGUGCAUCUGCUGGAUGUGGUCCAGGCUUUUCAUGUGGAUCAUAUGGCUGCUACCGUACCAAAGCACGUGUCCAUGCCGCUGGAACUCAUCAGGGUCCGAUUCUAUUCGGAGCUGAUCGUUUUUCACAAUUCCGUCGUCAACAGCCACCACCUUCUCAACAAGCAUCGGAUCCCAAUGCGUUAUUCAUGCAAUGUUGUGAGCAAAGAGGUCUACCAGAUGCAUGUCUUCAGAAAUGUACAUUCAAUACUUACACUAAGGAAUCGUUAACCCGUAUGUACUUCCGUCAAGAUUCAUGCCCAUUAGCUGCUUCUGCCGAAAUUCAAUUCUGUGCCGCUCAAGGAAGAGAUCAUCGUGCAUGCUGUACAAGAAACGGUGUCACGACUACACUUGCUGGUGACAAAUGUUUAACAUUCUGUGAUCAGAGACCUGGAAACGUGACACUUCUUGACUAUUCCUACGUAUCUUGCUACGAUCGUUUUGAGAAUAUGAAAUCGUGCUUCUGGCAUGAUGCUGCUGAAAGAUCUAGAAAAUAUUAGAAGAAUUUUAGUUUUAAAUUUUCAGCCAUUGUCUUUGUGUCUGUAUAAUAUAUAUUUAUCGACGCGUUCCCACACGUCAUCACCUUCAUAUUUUAAUCCAUUCUUUCACAACCAAAAAUAAAUAAAUAAAUUACUG